AUGGGCCAGCCAAAGAUUCAGAUCUCAGAGCUCUACAUCUACCCCAUCAAAUCGCUGCGCCCCCUCUCGGUCCCGGCAGCACAGCUUCGCCGCGAGGGUCUACGUCACGACCGCCGCUUCAUGCUGCUGAAGGACGAGGGCGGAGGGCGGUACAAGAACAUCCAGACGGCGUACUUCCCGGAGUGCACGUUGUUCCACCAGACCCUGGACGACGACCACAUCGUUGUCACCUACCGGAUCCCGAGCACUCCCUUAUUCCCUCCCACACCAGAGCAGCGGGGUGAGCUGCGCGUGCCCCUGUACCCGGCCUACGACGAGUCGGACGUCGUCGGAAUCAAGCUGUUCGGCAGCGAGACGACCGCGUUUCGCGUGCGCGAGCCCUACGACGCCUGGUUCUCCUCGUGCUUCGGGUACCCCGUCAUCCUCGUGUACAUCGGCGAGAACCGGCGUCGCGUGCUGGCGCACUCGCCCCCCGCGCCGCCGCGCCCAACCAAGUCCUGGUUGGCCACCGUCGCCUCGUACGUUCCAUUCACACAACAGUGGCCGCCUUCGCCAGAAGAUGAAGGUGGCACGGAUGAAGAAAAACCCGACGGUGGCCUGACAUUCAACGAGGCGGCGCCGUUCCUAGUAACGUCGAAGGCGUCGCUGCGCGACGUCAGCGCGCGGCUGCCCGAGGGCGAGGAGAUGGACAUGAUCAAAUUCCGGCCCAACAUCGUGGUGGACCUCGUGCCUGACGACCAAUCGCCUCCGUCUCCGCCCCUCACUCCCACCAGCACCAACGACGCGGAAGAAGGGUCAAAGGGGGAAGAAGGAUGUCAGCCCACCAUCACCACCACUCUGAAAGCCUGGGACGAGGACUUCUGGUCCGAGCUGCUGAUCGGGGGCUCGCACCGGCUGGCGCUGACGGCCAACUGCGCGCGCUGCGUCUCGAUCAACAUCGACUACGGCACGGGGCGCCCGGGCACGGGCGAGUCCGGCUCCAUCCUCAAGGCGCUUAUGAGGGACCGCCGCGUGGACGCCGGAAACAAGUGGUCGCCCAUCUUCGGACGCUAUGCCUUCCUGCUGCCCCCUGCCACCGCCACAAGGACGAACGGUGCUGGCGGCGGGAAACCGCUAGGCGACGAUGAAGACGACGACGAAGAAGGCGAUGAUGAUGAUGAUGAUGAAGACCUGGUCGCUGACGUCGCCGUGGGUGACGAGGUCCAGGUGACCCGGCGUAUCAGCUCGCGAGACGUGUGGGCCUGGCCGAAGUGA